AUGCCGCGUUCUGCCGGCGUCCGGUGGUGGCCGGCCUUCUCGGCGCUGGUCUGCCUCGCAGGCUGCGGUGGUGACCUCUACACGGCCGGCACCCUGCGGCAGUACCUCAAGGAGGUGGUCAACGAGGCGCUGAAUGUUCACUGCGAGAGUCUGAAGCAGUCAGGAGGUGGACUCAGUGCCUUUCAGUGCAGCUGCCCUGCCGGCUUCAAGUGGUGCGCUGGACACUGCUACAAACUGCAAGAGGCGUUCAUGACGCAUGACCAAGCUGAGGCCAGCUGUGUACAGAUCAACUCACACCUGGCGGUGCCACGCAGUCGUGAAGAGAACCUGUGCGUCGCCGUUAUGGCCAGUGAAGAGAACAAGUGGCUGGGCAUCAACGAUCGGUAUAGCGAAGGCUUAUUUGUCGAUUGGGAAGGUCGUCCACUGACGGGAGAGCACUUCAAGGCAUGGGCCCGUGGCCAGCCCGACGACGCAUCCGAUGAAGAAGAUUGUGUGGAGAUUUUGGGAUCGAAGUCGAGUGAACACCUCAUAUACGGCAAGUGGAACGACAGAAAAUGCACCGACAACAAUCCUUCAGUGUGCCAACUGGCGUAG